AUGACCGCGCAUAGGUCAAAGAUCGUCGAAAUUUUCACAGGUACCACCCAAGUCACUUCCACCACCUGGACACGAACCAAAAAUGAAGCCGAGAAAUAUAACUGGGGGAGUCACGCCAACAAUCAGAGAAGUUACAGCAGAAUGGGUCUCAAUGAGAAAGACACCGCGGCUCAAGAAGAUGUUCUAAGUCAGGAGAAGAAUAACCAGGCUGAAGCGCUUAGACUCUCGCGGCAAGGCGAGUUGACCGGAAUUCAAGUGUUGAAGACGAGGACAGCACACGAGAGGAUUGAGAAGGAAUUUGAAUAA